AUGGUGAAUAUUAGUGUUCUAUUUGGUGGCCUGGUCCUCGUCUGCCUUGGAUCUGCACCUGCGUCUGGCAGCUUUUUCCAUGGUCCACCACAACCUCAAGCCGUGGGAGUUCCUGUGGGUGUUCCAUUUCCAGUGCCCGUUCCCGUGCCCUCUCCAGUUCCUGUGCCUGUUGCCGCUCCUGUGGCUGUGCCUGCUCCUGUGGCCGUCUCGGAUACCGUUACCAUUCCCGCUGCCUACGGCUAUUCCACUGAGUAUUCAUCCGCAUUCCAUCAUUCGCCUCCGCCUGUCGCGCACUUCAAGUACGCCGCUGCCUACGCGGCCCCAGCCCCUUCCAUCAAGUACUCCCUGGGGGCUCCAGUUACCACCACAACCACAACAUAUUCAGGAUUUGCAGCACCUCCACCUCCACUGCAAUAUGCCGCACAUCCAGUUGGAGCCUCCCAUUAUGCUGCUCCCCCUCCGUCGCAGUUCUACUCCAGAUUUGCACCACCCCCCGGCUACCAGCUGGCAGCCGCAUGGUCACCAGCAUUCCCUGGCAGAUACAAACUCCACUUUGGAGCGCCUCCUCCAUCGCCAGCCGCCGUCUACGGAGCUGCCCCGCCGCCACAACUCUCCUACUCCGCCACUCAGGGCUGGUAGGCUAU